AUGAAAUUUCCUGAAAAACCAGCUUUCUUUGACCUUAAUGAAUUAGAAUGCAGACUUAUUGCUCCACGGUUAGCAUUCCAAAAAAUAUUUCAAGCCCCCAGAGGUGGACAACUCAAAAUUACAGGAAAUGUGGUUAAUGUACCAGCAGAUGUUAACAAUACUGUAAAUAUGCUUCCAAGAUUAUCACAUGAAACUGGUACUAUUAAAGUUCAAUUGAAACAGCGAUUACAAUAUAAACGUUCUGCACUUUCUUUGAAUAUAAGACCACGCAAAGUAAUGCAAGCAGCAGCUUGGUUAGUCAAUACUAGUUCUUUAUACCAAGAGCAAGGAAUAACUCUUGAUCAAACCUGGCUAACAAGUUUUGAACCAAAAACAGUUUCUGAUAAUUAUUGCAAUGAAAAUACAAAUAUUUCGGGUAAUGAUUUAGAUACCGGUACUCCAGAAGAUGAAUGGAGUGAAGACGAAGCAGAAAUUCCUGCUGGUAUAUCUGACA